AUGGACAAUGCCACAAUAGCAAGCACGGUUAAUGGAAGCCAAGACGAUUUUGCCAUUGCUUUGAAAAAAUUUGACCAAUUGGAUACAGAGGUAGAUAUAUCGUUACCUAGAGGAUUAACGCCCUUUACUAUUGAUAAUGGUAUUUCUGCUAUUGCUUCCAAUGGCAAUGAUAAUGAAGAUAUCUAUCAAGAAGAAGAAAAACAACAACAUUUACAAAGUAAGCAAAAUUCUCCAUUUUAUAAAUCAAUGGAUCCAGCAAAAGCUCGAAAUAACAUUGAAGUGGAUUUAUCGUUAAUGCCAAAUAACUCUUCUGCCACUCAAACGUCGUCAACCUUCUCAAUAUUUGUGAAUAGUGAUAUUCAAGAUAAGAAGACCUCGUUGGUUCAAGACUCCAAUUAUAUAGAGCAAAUUCUCGAUAAUAAUCAAUCAAUUGUACUACUAGAUGAAGAGAUAGCUGGAAACCCAAAAGAUGAUGAGAUUGAAUUAUUCAAAGAACUCAAUGAUAAGGAAAUAGGAGCUAAUUCGAUGAAUAAUUUUGUUAAGAAAAAGGCCCAUAUGGCAAAACCUGCACAUUUCUCAAAGAAACGUAGUAAAAGUGCCCCUACAAUGGUGGCCACACCAAAAUUUAGCAAUAACCAUAACAUUCCUUCUACUCCAAAAUCUUCAAGAAGGCUAAAACAACUACCUAAAACUCCGACAACAGCAGAUAAAUUACUAAAUGCUUCAAGAUCAGAAAAAACAGUCACAGCAAAUCAUCAUAAACUAGAGAAAAGGCUUAAACAUUCUUCAUUAACAACAAAUCCAGCCAAGAAUGGUACGAAUAAUAGUAACACACACAAUACUAUAAGCAAACUGUUAUCCCCAUCUAGAAUACGUUCGCGUAAUUCGCCAAAAAGGAAAAGUAACGGCAGUGCCAUUAGUAGUGGAAGUAGCAUCUGUGAUAGCGAUACGAAAUAUGGUGUAAAAGGCAAUAAUAAUAAAGUCAAAGAUCUACUUUCAUCAUUUGUUCAUAAUAUAAAGGGUACCUCACCAUCAAGACAAAUUUCAACACCAUAUGAUGCCAAACAUAUAACCCAUGUAAGAGUAGAUCAUAAAACGGGGAAACUAAAACACUUACCUAUAGAGUGGGAAAGAACAUUAAUAUCAAAUGGUAUAUCUAAGGAAGAACAAGAAAAAAAUAUGCAAACUGUUAUGGAUAUAGUCCAAUUUUAUCAAGAUGUCACUGAUGAAACUGAAGAAGAGAAAGCACUUGAACUUUUUGAAGUUACAAAACUUGAUUCUGCUUCAACUUCCAGUCCAAAUACUAAUGAGACACCUGUAUCAUCACAGUCAUUGUCCACUAUUUCAAUAGAGAAGAAACAAGAAUUACUAUUGACCCCACAGACAAAUCAGGGAAUUCAAUCCCCUGAAAAGAAAGGAAAUGUUCCUGCAUCACCAUUACCACCUCUUCCAACCAAUAUGGGAAAUGAAACAGUUAAAAUUAAUCAGAUUGAGUAUGAGAUCAUCGAUGAAGUUACGGAUGAAAAGGAUAUGACCAGAACAGAAGCUACAACAAUUGAUGAGGGACACAAAGUAGAAACACCAGUUCUUGAUUCGCAAGUGAACUUAGAGGAAGAAGAACCAACCGUAUUAAUUUGUACCGAUGAAAACCUUCCAGAAGCACACUCAGUAGAACCACCAGCUAUACCUAGAAGACCCACAAAGUAUUCACAUUCUAAUAUACCAAAUUCCAAACAAGAAACUUUAAUGAAAGAGGGGGAUGGAAAGAUGGGAGAUAAAGAAUUUGAAACUAUAUUAAGAAACAUUUGUAAUAAUAGCGAUGAUCCAAGGAAAAAAUAUGCAAAUCUAGUUAAGAUUGGUCGAGGUGGUUCAGCAUUAGUCUAUACAGCAUAUGAAGUUGGGACAAAUUUAUCAGUUGCUAUUAAACAAAUAAACCUAGAAAAACAACCAAGAAAACAAUUGAUAUUGAAUGAAAUCAUUGUUAUGAAAAAAAGCCAGCAUCCAAAUAUAGUUAAUUUUAUUGAUUCUUAUUUAGUUGAUGGUAAAUUAUGGGUUAUCAUGGAAUAUAUGGAAGCCGGAUCACUGACAGAUGUUGUGACAAGGUGUAUACUGAGAGAGGGUCAAAUAGGUGCUGUAUGUCGAGAAGUAUUAAAGGGGUUGGUGUUUUUACAUUCUAAAGGUGUGAUCCAUAGAGAUAUCAAAUCUGAUAAUGUAUUGCUAUCAAUGGAUGGUGACAUUAAGUUGACAGAUUUUGGAUUCUGUGCACAAUUAAACGAUAUCCAUCUGAAAAGAAAUACAAUGGUGGGAACACCUUAUUGGAUGGCACCUGAGAUUGUGGAGAAAAAACAUUAUUGUCCAAAAGUUGAUAUAUGGUCACUUGGGGUGAUGAUCAUUGAAAUGAUCGAGGGUGAACCACCAUAUUUGAAUGAACCUCCUUUAAGAGCAUUAUAUUUAAUAGCAACGAAUGGUACCCCUAAAUUAAAGGACCCUGAAAAAUUGAGUGAAACACUUUCAGAAUUUAUAAACUGUUGUCUUUUUGUUGAUCCUGAAUUACGCAAAACGGCAGCCGAGUUGUUAAAUCACAGGUUCAUAACCGAAAUUGCAGGUCCUAAUAAAUCAUUAUCACACUUAGUGAAACUCGCCUAUUUGCAAAAACUAGAAGAAAAGAACGGUGCACAAGAUCAGUAG